CGUAUCACAGAUGAGUGAAAUCCGCAGAACACCGCAAACAACUUUGCAGUUUGUCUGGAAACGUUUCCGAUCAUUCCCCGGAUGAUGCACGUAUGACCAUAUCCCGGAUGUUCCUUCAUCUUUGCCGAAGAACAAAAAUGGUCGCGUGUAGAGGGGUUUAGAAUAUUGGUAAACAGACACAAACAUAGCCGCAUAAUGUUUUCAGAACGUUUAAAAUACGGAAAAGGCAACGAAAAACUGGAAACCAGCUGAGACUGUAGGACUUCCUAGAGGUUAAGUACACAAGUGCCGAGAGUACACUAACUACAUAGUUACUGUUUACGUAGCGAGCAUUAGCUAGGUUAGGUAGCUGUUUCGAAAUAAAAAGAUUAUGUGCUAAGAAGCUAGGACUUUGUUGUGCCAGAUACAGUUGCGCGUUUUACACUGUCGCGGUGCAUACGUUUGAUACGUUUGGAGCUGAUGUUUUUCCACUAGGCAGUGUUACCUUAAAUUUGUUCUAUUUGAGUUUAUUGCAGUUUUCAGGCAACGUUAGCCAGCCAGCCAGCUAGGUAGUUUGUUAUCGCGAUACUGGAACCCAGUCAGGGAAUAACGCCCAGGUCCUAGUUGGAUUGCUGGCUAGUGCUUUCUAGCUAAAAAAAUAGUCAACGGCAGUUAGUGAAAGUUUAGCUGAAACCAGCUAUAUAAUAUAUCCACGGCGGAAAAAUCAAAACGAAGCAAGGCUGGUCUGAGGGCUGGAUGCAUGUACAUGGGCAGUGUGGAGCUGAACGUCAGGGAAAGGACUGACACAGGCAGUCCAUGAGUGCGACUGACUCUGAGGAGGGCCAGACGGGUUUCUUUGGUGCUGCGGCGUGUCCGUGCUCUCCCCCCUCACUCACACCUCUCGCGCUGGUGCAGAGUGAUGACCUCACAGCAACACUCUCUCCCCCACGCCAACACCAACCCUCCCCUGCUCAUCCCCCGGACGUCGUCAGCCAACCAGGGCAGGCUCCCCCCGCAGCCCGGCCCGGCGGACUCCUCCCACGGCAGCUCGGCUGGCUCCGCCCCCAGCCAGGGCAUUGCCAUGGGGGGCGUGGCCUCGUCCUCCUCCUCCCCUGGAGGCUCCGGCGGAGCGACUACUGCAAACAGGGGCGUGGCCACUGCCGCCGCCGCCUCGGCGUUGCCGCGGCGAUGCGCGGCGGGCCGCUCUGAGCCCUGGCCGGAGGAGGCCGCGGACGGCGCGUACGGCCUGUACUCGCUGCACCGCAUGUUCGAGGUGGUGGGGGCGCAGCUCACGCACCGCGACGUGCGCGUGCUCUCCUUCCUGUUCGUGGACGUGAUCGACGAGUACGAGCGGGGCGGGAUCCGGAGCGGGCGGGACUUCCUGCUGGCGCUGGAGCGGCAGGGGCGCUGCGACGAGACCAACUUCAGGCACGUCCUGCAGCUGCUGCGCAUCAUCACGCGGCACGACCUGCUGCCCUACGUCACGCUGCGCAGGAGGCUGACCGUGUGUCCUGACCCCGUGGAUAAGUACUUGGAGGAGACGUCGGUGCGUUAUGUGUCCCCCCGGGGGUUGGGGGAGAGCAGUGGGGUCCCGCCCCACAGGAGGGCAGGCGAGGGGUGGGGUCGCACAGGACCGCAGCCUGUGAUCCAUUGCUCCCCGUCAGGGCCUCAGGUGUGUCCCCCGCGCACCAAGCCGGCCCCCCCUCCCUCCAGCCGUAAGAGGAGGAGAGUGCACGCCACAGCGGACUGCCGGGAGAAGCAGACCUGCGAUAUCCGACUCCGAGUCCGGGCAGAGUACUGCCAGCACGAGUCUGCGCUGCAGGGCAACGUCUUCUCCAACAAGCAGGAGGCGCUGGAGAGGCAGUUUGAGCGCUUCAACCAGGCCAACACCAUCCUCAAGUCGCGGGACUUGGGCUCCAUCAUCUGCGACAUCAAGUUCUCCGAGCUGACCUACCUGGACGCCUUCUGGCGCGACUACAUCAACGGCUCCCUGCUGGAGGCGCUGAAGGGCGUCUUCAUCACCGACUCGCUCAAGCAGGCCGUGGGCCACGAGGCCAUCAAGCUGCUGGUCAACGUGGACGAGGAGGACUACCAGGCCGGGAGGCGCAAGCUGCUCCGCAACCUGGUGACAGCAGGGGGCGCUGCGGGUAGCCGAGAGGCCGCGUCGUAACCUGGAAGACAGCAGGGGGCGCUGGAGGUAGCAGAGAGGUUGCUUCGUCACCUGGAAGACAGCAGGGGGCGCUGGUGGUAGCAGAGAGGUUGCGUCGUCACCUGGAAGACAGCAGGGGGCGCUGGAGGUAGCAGAGAGGUUGCGUCGUAACCUGGAGACAGCAGGGGGCGCUGUUGGUAGCCGACAGACCGCGUCGUAACCUGGAGACAGCAGGGGGCACCAGAGAGUACGGCUGUGGUGCUGCUUUGUCCUUGUAGCCGUGGAGAAGCCCAGGGUGGGCCGUGGUCCUCAGAG